AGGAGGGAGAAAUUAUAUUAUCAUCUUUUCUUGAUGUUGCAAAUGAGAAGGCUGAUACAACUAAUAUACAAGUUUCCACAGCUAAGAUACAACUUGCAUUUAUCACUUAAUUUACAUUUAAUAAUAUAUCCAAAUAUCAACUUAUAAAAUAAUCCAUAACAAAAUGCUAAUUGUUUUUGGACGGAGGGAGUACUUUAAUUUUUUCACGUACCUUUUUGUUUUACUACCAUAGGGAAUUCACUGUUUUUUUUUUUCUUGGUAGAGGAAGACAUUUGGUAGGUUGUGUGAUUAAUUUUGUGUGUCUCUUUAGGGUUUAAAUAUUUUUAGGCUCUUUUUAGCUUGUGGGUUUAAGGAUUUCUUGAAAAGUUUUGUCUGGUUUAGUUGUGUGUGGUUUCGUUCUAUUUGGUCUGUUUGUUUUUAAGGUUUUUUGUUCUGGGUUUUGAAGGUUGGAACAAUUUGCCUCUUGGGUUUAAGGUUCUGUUGACAUUUUUUGUUUUGUUAGUUGUGUGUGGUUUCGUUCUACCUGCCUUGUCUGUUUUUAUGGAUUUAGUGUUUUAUUUUACCGCCAUAGAGAAGUCACACGAUUUAAUUUUGUUUAGCUUGUUGUUGGUAGAGGAAAACAUUUGGUUGGUAAGUGUGACUAAUUGUGUGUGUGUUUACAGGGAAGAGAGUAGGUGAGGAUGAAAUUGAGAAGAUAGUGAGUGCAAAGAAACAAAAGAAAGAUGUUGUGAAAAACAAGAGUCAGAAGAAACAAGAAAGCAGUUCCUCCGAGUCUGAAGAUGACAAGCCUACACCUGUGGCUCCUUAUUGUCGUUCAGACGAUGUUGCUGCUGCUAUGGAGGGGUAUUAUUUUGCUAGAAAAUCAACGGAGUUAGGGGAGAAGUAUGAUUUUGAUCAUAUAAAUUUUAUGGUUGAUUUUAUCAAUCUGCUGCGUGAGAUAAGGAUAAGGAGAGUAUGGUUAGAUGAAUCUGAUUCUGAUACAGACAAGGGGAAGGCUAAGGUUGUGUCCAGCAGUGACAGCUCUAGCUCUGAUGAAGAAGAGCCUACUAAAGCAGUGGUACCUCCUAAGAAAGUGGCUCCUGCCAAGAAUGGUGUUUGCUGCUAAGAAGGAAGAUGAAUCUAGUGAUGAUGAUGAUACCAGCUCAGAGGAAGAUGAUCCUGCAGCCAAGAAACCUCCUACUAAUGGCUCUGCUAAGAAGGACGAGUCAAGUGACGAUUCUAGUUCAGAUGAUGAUAGCAGCUCGGAGGAAGAUGAUCCUGCAGCCAAGAAACCUCCUACUACUAAUGGCUCUGCUAAGAAGGACAAUUCUAGUUCAGAUGAUGAUAGCAGCUCGGAGGAUGAUGCUGUUGUUAAGAAGGCAGCCCCUACUGCUGCUCCUAAGAAGACCCCUGCUUCUGCCUCUAAAAAAGAAGAUUCUAGCGAUGAUUCCAGCGAUGACUCCAGUUCAGAUGAUGAUGAACCUCCCUCUAAGGCAGUUGCUCAACCUAAAAAAGCUCCACAAGCCGUGAAGAAGGCUAGCGACAGCUCUGAAGAAUCUGAUGAUUCCAAUGAUGAUUCUGAUUCUGAUGCAGACUAGAUACGUAGAAGGAUGGCCAGUUCACACCGCAGGCCGAAGCCAUGGAAGGAGUUCCUCAUUGGAAUCCUCUAUGAAGAAUUAGUGAUGCAUGAGAAAGGCCUCAACCAAUUAGAUUGGGAUGGAAUUGUUCAAAAAUUAUAUCAUCAAACAGGCAAACAAAGUUGUGUAACCGAAGUGCGGACAUUGUGUAAAAAAUUUAGAGAUGAGACAAAGCAGUUCAUGGAACUGUUACAAGUUACUGGUUAUGCAUUGAACCCAAAUAACAACAAAGUAAUUUGUACGGAUAAGGUGUGCGAACAAAGUUACCUGAUCCAUGAUGGUGAGAGAGUGUUAAAAAACAAAGAGCUUCAACAUUAUUAUAUGUUGAGGAAGAUAUUUGGGUGCAAGAAUCAGACGACACUGUAGUCUGGGGACAACCAAGUUUUAUGGAGGGGUUUUGAUGCUGCUAAAAGUUUACGCAUUGUUUUGAUAAAUAUGGACAAGAUCAGAAAUUAUUGUUUCUGCGACGCUAACAUAAGGAGAAUGUUAAUGCUUCGUUUUCUUGAGGCCAAGCUUUGGAGCUGAAAGAGGAGACGGGGAACAAGCAAGUUUUUUGUAUAAUCAUGCACCCCAAUCCAUGAUGUAUGUAUCAGGUGCCAAACACAAGUAGUAAUAUAAGUAGGUUAAUACCCACAAAGUGUGCAUGUUUUUGUCCUUGAAACCAGCAAGCAGUCUGCCAUGCUUCUCCCUGUAUGAUGUUAGUUGGUUAAUAUAAUACUAAGCAUCUUUUUAACCCAGAAAAAAAAAACAUUAAGAGCCUGAUGGGAAAGCCACAAGAGACUUGGUUGGUUGGAAAUUGGGUGUAAAUUACUGUAGUUGGUUCUUAAAUGUGAAAGCAUAAUCUAACUUUUAAAUGGCUA